GCAACCAGCCAGGGCCAGUACAGCUCCGAUCGCGAACACGUGUGCACGUGUCUCCAUAACGCACACACCCAAAACUUUCUUACGUCAAAUGGAUAUAACCUAACACAGGAGUUAAACCAACCCAAAAUGUGAUUACAGUGCACCCUAACAAGUAAUAUGGGCCACUGAAACGUGUUUUGUGCUUAUACAAAAAGUGUUAAGUGUUUCAACGAUGUGAAAUUGUGACGAAAAAAAAAGGAAUAAUGAGUAUCCAAAAGUGUCUCCUGGAUAACUCCAGCAGGAUGAUCAAGGCUAUGUCCAACGCGAAAUCAUCUAACAAUGAAGUGAAAACGAGGGUGGAAAGUGGACUGAAGAAAGUGGGCCUGGCGAUGCUGUCCCUGUCUUUGCCGCUCGAUGAUAAACAUAAAAAAACAACACGCAGUUGGAUCGAGAGCACAUUCCAAAAGCGGGAGUGCAAAUGCUUCGUGCCCAGCGCUAAAGAUGAGCAUGUAUGCUGGUGUGGGCUCAGCAAAACGGCUCAUGGUAGCAACAUUCCAACAGCGCCGGCGGGUGAAGCAUGGGUGCCCACACGACACACCCAGGCUGCACCCACGGACGCAUACGGCACCGUAGAAUUUCAAGGAGGACCACAUCCGACCAAAGCACAGUACGUCCGCCUGUCCCACGACACACGACCAGACCUUAUAGUCCAGCUGCUGACGCGGGAGUGGGCUCUCGACCGACCCAAGCUGCUCAUCACGAUACAGGGUGGCAAAGCUAACUUCGACCUGCAACCCAAGCUGAAGAAGGUGCUGAGAAAGGGACUGCUGAAGGCUGCGAAGACCACCGGAGCAUGGAUAUUUACUGGAGGGACCAACACUGGUGUAACGCGACAAGUGGGCGACGCGUUGCAGUUGGAGCGAUCGCAGCGCGCCGGUCGCGUCGUCAGCAUCGGCAUAGCGCCUUGGGGGAUCGUGGAGGGGGCCAACGAACUCAUCGGCCGGGGGAGAGACGUGCCUUACCAUGCGAUAGCAUCGCCAAGAUCAAAGUUGGCAGUACUGAACAAUCGCCACGCCUACUUCCUGUUGGUGGACAACGGCUCAGUGGGGCGGUACGGCGCUGAGAUCGUGCUCAGGCGAAAGCUAGAGAAGUACAUCGCUGCCCAGAAGUUACACCCUUACACCCAUUCAUCAACACCAGUUGUAUGCCUCGUGAUAGAAGGCGGAACGAACACGGUGCGUGCCGUGCUGGAGUACGUGACAGACAAUCCGCCGGUGCCCGUUGUGGUGUGCGACGGCAGUGGUCGAGCGGCAGACCUCAUCGCUUUUGUGCACAAAUAUGCGUCAGAGAGUGGGGAGCAAACGGUGCUGGAGUCCAUGCGGGAUUACCUGAUCGGCACCAUCCAGAAGACCUUCGAAGUAGGUCUGCAACAGGCCGAGUGUUUAUACAGCGAACUGCUGCAGUGCACGAGGAAAAAGAAUUUGAUCACAGUGUUCAGGAUACAGGAGCGAGCGGAAGGCGGCGAGGUCCAAGAACUUGAUCAGGUUAUACUGACGGCACUGUUCCGUGCUCAACACCUGUCUCCAAGCGAACAGCUCUCCUUGGCGCUCACCUGGAACAGAGUAGACAUAGCGCGGUCGGAGAUCUUCGUGUAUGGACAGGAAUGGCCACCAGGUGCUCUGGACGAAGCGAUGAUGCAGGCCCUCGAACACGACCGAAUAGACUUCGUCAAACUCCUUCUAGAAAAUGGUGUCUCGAUGAGAAAGUUCCUCACCAUACCGAGGCUAGAAGAGCUCUACAACACCAAGAGUGGUCCCAGUAACACCCUGAGGUAUAUCCUAAGGGACGUAAGACCGCACCUGCCUAGAGGAUACGUGUACACGCUUCAUGAUAUUGGCCUGGUUAUAAAUAAACUUAUGGGAGGUGCCUACAGGUGCUACUACACUCGCCGCAAGUUCCGUCCAAUCUACGCGAAGGUGAUGAACAAGAGUGUGAAUGUUCACCGCAACAGCGCUUCGUUCACCCGCCACAACGCUGGUGGACUCUCACUCAUCACCGGCUUCAUGCCUGUCACCACCGAAAUGGCGCUUUUCGACUAUCCCUUCAACGAACUAUUGAUGUGGGCAGUGCUAACAAAAAGGCAUCAGAUGGCGUUACUGAUGUGGACCCACGGCGAGGAGGCUCUCGCAAAGUCCUUGGUAGCAUGUAAGCUGUAUAAAGCAAUGGCACAUGAAGCUGCUGAGGACGAUAUGGAGACUGAGGUGUAUGAGGAACUGAGGCAUUAUGGCAAGGAGUUCGAGACCAAAGCACUUGAAUUGCUAGACUACUGUUACCGACAAGAUGACGAUCAAGCGCAACAGCUGCUGACUUGUGAACUCCAAAACUGGUCCGGACAAACUUGCCUGAGCCUAGCCGUAGCAGCCAACCACAGAGCCCUACUCGCCCACCCCUGCUCACAAAUCAUCCUCGCCGAUCUAUGGAUGGGCGGCUUAAGAACUCGAAAGAACACCAACUUAAAGGUAAUUCUGAGCCUGCUGUGUCCGCUGUACAUUCUGCAACUGGAAUUCAAGUCGAAGGAAGAGUUGCAGCUGAUGCCACAGACUGAGGAGGAGCAUUUCGAGAACGAGUCGCUGGAGGACGACCGCAGUACGAAGGAUCCGAACGAUGCCGAGCAGGCGUUGAUUGGCUCAGGAGCCGAAUGCGAAACCAGGGUCGAUCAGAACGGAAAAGUUGGUAAAAUUGGGUGGGACCCGACGUACCGGGACCUCCCGGAGUACCACGCGCCGGAGGACAAGAGGAUGCGACCUCUGAGGCUGAGGAAAAAGAUUUACGAGUUCUUCACGGCGCCCAUUACUAAGUUUUGGGCUGACUCGAUCGCCUACAUAUUGUUCCUACUGAUGUUUACUUAUACAGUAUUAGUCAAGAUGGACCUGACUCCAUCUUGGCCGGAGAUAUACUCCAUAUGUUAUAUACUCACGUUUUUGUGUGAGAAAAUUAGGGAAAUUAUUACGUCCGAGCCUGUUGCUAUUAGACAUAAGUUCAGCGUGUGGGCAUGGAACAUGUGGAACACGUACGACGCGGGGUUCAUCAUCUUCUUCCUGGUGGGGCUGACGCUGCGCCUGCGCGCCGCCUCCAUGGAUGUGGGGCGAGUGAUCUACUGCGUCGAUAUCAUCUAUUGGUAUUUAAGGAUCCUCAAUAUUUUGGGGGUUAAUAAGUACUUAGGUCCUCUAGUCACAAUGAUGGGUAAAAUGGUUAAGAAUAUGAUAUACUUCGUGGUGCUCUUAUUGGUUGUGUUGAUGUCGUUUGGAGUCGCGAGGCAAGCUAUCUUGUAUCCCGACAGAGAUGCUAGCUGGUACUUGAUUAGAGAGAUAUUCUACCAGCCGUACUUCAUGUUGUACGGCGAGGUGUUCGCACCGGAUAUCGACCCCCCAUGCGGCAUGGACGUUGGCAACCAGAAGUGUGUAACGGGGCGUUGGAUCACCCCCAUCGCGAUGACGGUGUACCUCCUCGUGGCCAACAUCCUGCUUAUAAACCUCCUUAUUGCCGUCUUUAACAAUAUAUUUAAUGAAGUCAAUGAAGUCUCGCAUCAGGUAUGGAUGUUCCAAAGGUUUACCGUAGUUAUGGAAUACGAACAGAAGCCUGUGUUGCCGCCUCCCAUAAUAAUUUUUUGCCAUAUCUACGCUACUUGUAAAUGGGUGACCAGAAAUGUAUCGCACCAAAGAUUUCAAUACGAUAAUGGGUUAAAGUUGUUUUUGGAGAAAGAAGACAUGGAGAGGUUGUACGAUUUUGAGGAGGAGUGUGUGGAAGGAUAUUUUAGGGAACAAGAAGUUAAGUUAUCAAAUUCUAUAGAAGAAAGAGUGAGAAAUACGACAGAUAGAGUAGAACAUAUCACGACCAAAAUGGAAGACUUAAAUCAAAAAGCUAAUUGCCAAAUACAAUCUAUACAGAGUGUAGAAUUUAGGUUACGCAAGUUAGAAGAUGUAGCGGAGCAAACUAUGAACCACCUCGCUGUGAUACACCGGUUCAUGGCCACACACCCGUCCCUGGUCAACCGAGGGUCCACCGACACCCUGGGACCACCUCCUCCGAGCUUCGCGACUGGUGGGCCACGGCUUCGGACGGCCAGUGAUAGGUCUGAGGUGCUGUCGGACAGCGACACCGGCGCGGUGGCGCGCUUCGCGGUGCGCCCGGUGCAGGAGGAGGACGAGCACGCCUCGCAGGCCUCCGAAGACGAGUUGCCUCAUUCCGGGCCUGAAGCCGGGCCUGAAAAGGAGGCAGAAGCGGAUUCCAUAUCGACGUCAUCAGGAGGAAGCGUGGCCGGGCCUGAUGUGACGGUCAUCAGACCAACAGCGCCUGUCACUCCCGCCAGGCAGAGGUCUUCUGACAGCAACAGGACUGAGCCUAGCGAUGAGAAGAAAGUGUCAUCAACGGCCGACGAUGCGUUUCUACCGGAAGUUCGUGAGGUACCUUCCGAUACGCACAGCCUCCGUCCUCGGACCACUUCCGCCGGGACCCGACGUACAGCCAACACCAGACGGCGUUCUGAAGGUGGCAAUGACUGUGGUAUGGGCGGACAUUACUCGGCCCAACAUCUAGCUCCGAGGAGACAGCACAGUCAAACCCACUCCGAGCCUGACAACUCUGCUGUAGAUGCGUGCUCUUUACAAAACUCAGUUACAGCAGGUCCUCAAUCAGGCUGGGAGGCGACGGGAGGCGCGACCGGCGUGCCGUCGGGUCGCACCCGAGUGGGGGGCGCCCCUAGAUCCCUGCUGCUAGCCAUGCACGAGUACACCAGCAUUACUGACGAGCUGGAGACCGUGUAUGGGCUGUUCUCACCGCCACAUACGCCGAGAACACCUAUCACGACUCGUCUCCUGUCACCCAACCACGCGUCGUCACCAUCGACGCGUCGAAGGCACGCCAGCGAAAUGUCCAACCCGGAGUUCGCGUUGUUCAUGGAGAAGGAACACUUGCGAGGCGCCGAGGAAGAUGACUACAUCAUCAUGGAGAACCUUAUACAGCGUCGCCUAGAAAUGGAGUCUGUCCUGGGCAGAUACGAGGAGGAGGAGGCUGGGGAGGGAGAGGUCAGCGGCGUCAGCAUCAGCGUGUGCGUCAACACCAGUGCGGAGGAGCCCACGCCGCCCCAGACUACCACGCUGCUCACCGUCAGCGAUAGGAGACUGCCGCACCAAAGGCAUUCGCUUCGAAGAUCGUCAGCUAUCGACACUCGUGACCUACCCUCGCCGCUGCAGCCGCUACUGGGCGAUGACACUUGCGGAGAAGUGCUGCUGCCAGUUCCGAGACAACCGUCAGGUGAUACAAACGCCUCAAGCGAGCUGUCUCUCUCGCACAUGGUGAGCGAGAACCUCCCACCGCGGCCCUCCAUCGUGCUGGACUCCUCACAGCUGCCACGACAGCGCUCUGCCGAGGCGCCGCAACCCACGCCCGCGCCCCAGCCGGCCAGGCCGGAAACCAUGUGCUAGAAGUAUGUUCCAGAAAAGUUAAGUUUAGGAAGCAAUUAAUAGAAGAUAUGCUCUACAAUAAUAAUGACCAAAACUUUAAAAAAAUACUUAAGAGACACUACAGCGAAAUCGCCAAAAAAUUGCAAUUAUUUUAUUAUUUUAAAUUAUAUUAUUUAUUAUUUUAAAGACAAUGAAAUUUUAAAACUGAUCAAUUGUAAUAGGACCUUGAAAUUUGUGUCUGUUUUUACUGGACGUGCUUCUACAAACGUACCAUAGAAUAGAAGUACGUUGCGUGCUCCGAGCUGUAUAAUCUCUAACCUGUAAGACUCCGUUCUCCCGGCAUUUAAAACGUACGUUUUUCGCAGGUUAAAUCUUACCGAACACGUAGUAACUACUUUAAGUAUAGGACCAUUUACACGUUGUUUGUACUGUAAAAAAGUAUAGAUACAGUUAUAAUCGUGCGAACGGUUCUAUAUUCAAUGUUUACGCAACUAACUACGUAUUUGGUAAGAUCUGGUUUCACGCGGCAUUACAUCAAUAAUAUAGGCAAAGUCAGACCCCGUUAACGGCAUUAACACUGCAGAUUUUUUCAGGAUAAUAAUCCUUUCACACGGCAUUAGCACCGCACGUUUUAUUUUUGUAAUGAAUCUUACUGAAUACGUAGUGGCUCUUCUAUACUCAUUGUAUGGUAGAGUCUAAUGUAUACUACAUAGGUAUUCGGUAAUCCUGCAAAUAAAGUGCGAUGUAAAUGCCGUGUGAAAGGAGUCUUAUACCUACUGAAAAACGGUUUUAAUAUUGUUAACGGGGUCUGACUUUACCCCUAUUAUUAAUGUAAUUAAAUAUAAUUAUGCAGUGUUGAAUACUGUGCGUUAAAACAUCUCUUAUUACGAACGCCAUUAUAAAACCCCUUUUUCCCACUUCGCCUACAGAAAAUGGCAUGUUUUUAACCAAAAACCCUUUUGUAAUCCCACAAAGACCAUUAGGAAAAUUGUAAAUUAAAAAUUAAUUGUAAAGGAUAAUUCAUAUUUUUAAGCUUGAUUAGCAAAAAUCGUUAACAAGAAAACAACAUU